UACAUUGUUUCAUCCUUGCUCACAGGUGAAAGAAAUCAUGCCUUUCGGUAACACCCACAACAAGCUGAAGAUGAACUACUCUGCGGAGCAGGAGUACCCCGACCUGAGCCAGCAUAACAACCACAUGGCCAAGGUGCUCACUCCAGAGAUGUACGCCAACUUGCGGGACAAGGAAACUCCAAGUGGAUUUACAGUGGGUGAUGUCAUUCAAACUGGGGUUGAUAACCCAGAGGAAGUGGGUGCGCUUGGACCCGACCUGGUGGCAACAAUGGUUAAUCUAUCACCUGCAAUGGAGGGCAGUCCCAAAACAGUACAUGAGAGGUUUAGGCAUAAACUGAAAUUACCAAAAAUACCAGGCUUUGUGCGACGUAAACGGAGCCCCAAACCCAUAGUGGAGAGCAAUCGUCCUCAAACAGAUGUGGUUUUGGACUUUAUGGAGAACCUGAAGGAAAAUCUCUUGGUGGAGGCUUGCCAGCAGUUGCUCCUGCGAGAGGACAAGCUCUUUGGCCAAGAAACCAUGACGGUAGAGGGGUUGGUUCAGGUUUGCAACGAGGACGAUAAAGACAUGCUCCAAAAAGACUAUGAAACCCUGCUGCUCCACUUAUGGAUGGCAGUUCACACCACCUUUAGUUCCACACCCUCAGGAGAACACCUAGAGAUACUUCGGAGUGCGGUGGAAACCAUAACGCUGCUGGAAGAGAAGGACCAGCAAUGGGAAGGGCGGCCCGAGGGCAGCAGCGAGGCCCCCGUGUGGCGGCCACACCAGUCCCGGCACACCCACGACACCCUGCUUGAAAAAAUGGUGGAAUCUCGAAUGAGGAAUGCGGCAGUGGAGGAGGACAAUAUUAGCGUUAGCAGUGUGGACAGCCUGUCAACGUCCAUGAAAAGGGAGGUAUGUAGGAUGGGCAAGUGUCUGAAGGAGGACAUUCUCAGGGUGGCCAGGGACAUAAGGGACUGCUACCCCCCAGACUUUGACGUGUGCAACUUGUACGUGAGACUUUACCAUCAGAAGUUCUCAGCAAGGUUAACGGAACUGGCCCGCUCUGGGCUCGAUGUGGAUGACUGUAACUACCUCCUCUGCUGGGUGAAUAAUUACUAUCCAAAUGACAUCUUAAAACACAAAGACCUUGAGGGGCACAUCAACAUGGAGUCUUUGGGAACUCUUUUAUCUGAGAAGGAUCUCACAACAUUGGAGGAGCAGUAUCUACUACAAAAAGAGAGUAAACUCAGGACCUGGUUCUCCAAUGCUCUCAGUAAGGAGGAGGAGGGUUGGCUCAGUGGAAAGAGUCCAGAACUCAUUGACGGGUACUGCUUCUCUCCUCUGGCCAUUGACAUCAUACAGGCUGUUGAUGGGGCCAUGAGAGAGGCCAGGACUAUUCUGGGCAGUGAGGCUAAAGCCCAGAGAAUCCUAUGUCAGCUGGACAGCUUCUUGAUAAGCUAUAAGAGCUCUCUUGAAGAAUUUGUGAAGAGAACAGGGGAGAACACUCAGGCAGUCGUGAAAGCUAAUCUGGUUAGCAUCGAACAAUUCAGAGACUUCAUAGUGAGAAGAGAUGAGUCAAUCCCAGAAGAGACCAAGACAAGCUGUAUGUCCACUUUGGCAGACCUGAGAGACUGUGGCUACGGAUACUUCACCGGCCCCAUACAUGAGGAGCUCAGGGUGCAGUACCAUAGGCUGUGGACGCAGGCCUGGUUUACUGGGGGUCAGAUGGUACUGGAUGAAGUUCUGGGGACACUGGACAGACACAUGCAGCAAUUCACAGACCUCAAACCCAUCUGUAUGGAGGAGCUGCUGGGCCGGCUCCACGUGGAGAUGAUGGUGGAGUAUGUGAAGAGGAUGAUGAAGAGGAAGAUGAGGCUGAAGAACAAGGAGCAGCAGGAGGCAGCAGCCAAUUUACUGGCUGAAGACAGCAGCAAACUGAGCACCUACUUUACUGAAGCGGGGUCCAAAAUAAGCUGGCUGAGUGAGGUCCUCCCUAAAAUGGCGGAGGUGGUCAGACUGCAGGACCCAGGAAGCAUCCAGCUGGAGAUCGUCACCCUGGCUAGGGACUUCCCAGACCUUAGUUGGAGACAUAUUUCGGCUCUGCUUUCCCUCAAAGCCAACCUAUCCACGGCUGAUGUCCGAGGUAUCAAAGAGAGCCUGGUAGAGAACCGGCCCACGGUCACCACCUUCAAUACCAUCCCACCAUUCUUCUCCAAGGUCCCAGCGGGCAAAACUUGGUCCCAACUUCGUAUGGAUCCAUGUGUACGGGGGUGGUCUUCUAGUUACAGAGAAAAUUUCCCUACCUGGGAUGGGGACGUUUUUUUCCCGGGAGGGAAAAUGGAAGACAACUGGAGGUCUACUUAGAGGGAGAUGGAGCAGUAUGUCUAGUAGGGUAACUAUCAUGGUACAUCUACGUGGAUAAUGGACAGGCAUUGAUUAUGGUGGUACUGGUAAGUAUGUCAAAAUGGUGGUAAGGAUAGUGGUAUCUCAAAAUAUAACCUACAGUUGAAGUCGGAAGUUUAUGUACAUCUUAGCCAAAUACAUUUAAACUCAGUUUUUCACAAUUCCUGACAUUUUAUCAGAGGAGAAAAUUCCCUGUCUUAGGUCUGUUAGGAUCACCACUUUAUUUUAAGAAUGUGAAAUGUCAGAAUAAUAGUAGAGAGAAUGAUUUAUUUCAGCUUUUAUUUCUUUCAUCACGUUCCCAGUGGGUCAGAAUUUUACAUACACUCAAUUAGUAUUUGGUACCAUUUAAAUUGUUUAACUUCAGUCAAAGGUUUCAGGUAGCCUUCCACAAGCUUCCCACAAUAAGUUGGGUGAAUUUUGGCCCAUUCCUUCUGACAGAGCUGGUGUAACUGAGUCAGGUUUGUAGGCCUCCUUGCUCGCACACGCUUUUUCAGUUCUGCCCACAAAUUUUCUAUAGGCUUGAGGUCAGGGCUUUGUGAUGGCCACUCCAAUACCUUGACUUUGUUGUUCUUAAGCCAUUUUGCCACAACUUUGGAAGUAUGCUUGGGGUCAUUGUCCAUUUGGAAGACCCAUUUGCGACCAAGCUUUAACUUCCUGACUGAUGUCUUGAGAUGCCACUUCAAUAUAUCCACCUAAUUUUCCUCCCUCAUGAUGCCAUCUAUUUUGUGAAGUGCACCAGUCCCUCCUGCAGCAAAGCACCCCCACAACAUGAUGCUGCCACCCCCUUGCUUCACAGUUGGGAUGGUGUUCUUCCGCUUGCAAGCAUUCCCCCUUUUUCCUCCAAACAUAACGAUGGUCAUUAUGGCAAAACAAUUCUAUUUUUGUUUCAUCAGACCAGAAGACAUUUCUCCAAAAAGUACGAUCUUUGUCCCCAUGUGCAGUUGCAAACCGUAGUCUGGCUUUUUAUGGCGGUUUUGGAGCAGUGGCUUUUUCCGUGCUGAGCGGCCUUUCAGGUUAUGUCGAUAUAGGACUCGUUUUACUGUGAUCUACUUUUGUACCUGUUUCCUCUAGCAUCUUCACAAGGUCCUUUUGCUGCUGUUCUGAGAUUGAUUUGCACUUUUCGCACCAAAGUACGUUAAUCUCUAGGAGACAACGCGACUCCUUCCUGAACAGUAUGAUGGCUGCGUGGUCCAAUGGUGUUUAUACUUGAGUACUAUUGUUUGUACAGAUGAACGUGGUACCUUCAGGCAUUUGGAAAUUGCUCCCAAGGAUGAACCAGACUUGUGGAGCUCUACAAUUCUUUUUCUGAGGUCUUGGCUGAUUUCUUUCGAUUUUCCCAUGAUGUCAAGCAAAGAGGCACUGAUUUUGAAGGUAGGCCUUGAAAUACAUCCACAGGUACACCUCAAAUGAUGUCAAUUAGCCUAUCAGAAUCUUCUAAAGACAUGACAUAUUUUUCUGGAAUUUUCCAAGCUGUUUAAAGGCACAGUCAACUUAGUGUAUGUAAACUUCUGACUCACUGGGAUUGUGAUACAGUGAAAUAAUCUGUCUGUAAACAAUUGUUGGGAAAAUUACUUGUGUCGUCCACAAAGUAGAUGUCCUAACCGACUAGCCAAAACUAUAGUUUGUUAACAAGAAAUUUGUGGAGUGUUUGAAAAACGAGUUUUAAUGACUCCAACCUAAGGGUAUGUAAACUUCCGACUUCAACCUUAUCAUGGUAAUUGGUGAAUUGAAUAUAGCUGACUAUAAUAGCAGUGGUUAGGCUGAUAAUAGGCUAAAUAAGUGCAGUGUUUACAUGGCUAAAGGAAAAGGAUUACCAUAUUUAUUGUUUACAGGAAACACUUUCAAUAUCUUCUGAUAAAGUAGCCUGGGGAAAUGAUGUCUAGGAUGGUAAAGAUCUAUUUCUGUCAUAGGCUAAGGAAGUCAAAAGGUGUUAUGAUCCUACUAAAAAACAAUCUAGAUCUUUAGGUACAAUCUGUUAAAAUAGAUCCUCUAGGAAGCUGGAUUGCCUUGAAUAUACUACUUGAUGAUGAAUUGAUGUGGUGCAUCUAGGCCCUCAUUGUAAACAAGAACCUGUUCUUAACUGACUUUUCUAGUUAAAUAAAGGUUAAAUGAAAAUUGAUAACAUUUCAAAUAUAUAAGGACGGUAUCAUGUUUAUGAAUGACAUUGUAAACAAGGACUCCAAAAUGGUGUCACCCAAGCAAUUGACAAAGGUGUAUGGAGAUGUAUGCUCAAUACAAAAAUAUAACCAACUCAAUCACAACUCUGCCACAAAAAUGGAAGAGGCAAAUACUCAAAAGAGAAAGGAAUUAAUGAGUUUGUCUGCAGCCAAUCCAGAAGCAUGCAUAGCUUAAAAUAACUUGUAUAAAAGGUUGAGAGCUUUGAGAACUAUACCGCUGAUUUUUGAUGUCCCAAUACCAUGGCAUCGGGAUUAGGAACUGAUAUGCAAAUGAACAAGACACAUCAUUCUGUUAUUUUCAGUUUGAACUAUUAUAUAAAAUUCUUGCCAAUAAAAAAUUAUCCUCAAUAUAUGGGGUGUUGAACAGUCAGCCCUGCAUGUGCGGACUGCAACAAAGAAACAGAAUCAAUAGAUCAUCUCUUUUGGUACUCUCCUUCGGUGGCUUGGUUUUGGAAUCAUGUCCAGGAGUGGUUGGUGACUCAAUGUCAGUGUUCAUAUUAAUUAAACUAUACUCUACACUGCUGAAUUAAACUUGACUGUUCUGUACUGCACUCUACUGUAUUAAACUCUACUAUACUGUAGCAUGCCAUACUGUAGUCUACUGUACUCUACUGAAUAAAACUCUGCUGUCCUGUA